AUCAAACCAUCCACUGUCUCUCUCUUGUUUGCGCCAAUCCGGACCUUGCCACACACACAAACAUCCAGGCCGCUCUUGAAACAGUCAGAUGCGAAGAGCUUCAGCUAGAGCUGUCGGCUGCCUUAAAAUCACGUCCCGGCCGAAUGCCGACUAGUUCCAGUUCAGUUGGUGUCGGAGGUCUCAGUAGCACAAUAACAAGCAAUCAUUCGACGAUGGUCAACAGUAUCGGCAAUUUCGGUAUGGUUGGCAACUCAACGUCGUUAGGAGGCACAUCCUUAGCUCUCAGUGGCAUAGGGGGUGGUAGCAGCGGCGGAGUAGGAGGAGGAGUAAGUGGAGGUGGAGGAGGAGGAGGAGGAGGUGGAGGCAGUACUGUAACAUGGGCUCCCACGCCAACCCAGCAACAAGGAACUGAAAUAGAUAGGAUUAUGGCAAAGAUCGAACAGGACAAUCGUAUAUUGGCCGAGUUAGAGCACCCGCGAACUACUGGACCAAUAAUGUCAUCAUCGUUGGGGUCUGGUCUGACAAGCACAAGCCUUAGCCUAUCCCAGCACCAGCCCCACCUCCAAACGACAAGUUUAUCGUCUCAAAUAAACAGCACUGGAAUGCUUGGAGGACUAAGUGGACUGACUAACAGUGGAGUUCCUGCAAGUGUUGGAACCGGUAUGCCCAGCUCUAUCGGUCUAAACUCGAUAGGUAUUAGCUCAAUUGGAACCGCUGGAAUAAGUUCUAUCACCGCUGGUGUGAAUUCCAUGAACGUUACUUCGAUGGGAGUGACCUCGAGUGCCAGUAGUCAUGCACUAACCGAUGGACAGUACAGUGUAUUAACGUCAUCCACAGGAGCUUCAAACCCUUACUCAGCAGCUAAUGUUUCACCACUGCCAAGCCGAGCAAAUCCACUGAGUACUACUGCUAUGCCACCCUUAUGUCAGGUGCUGAACUUAAAAUUUUCUCUUACAAUUACAUUUUAAUAAUUAUCCACCUCAUCAAUGUUGCCAUCGCUAUCAUCUGAUUCUUCAUCACAGUUAUUAUCCUUUGCAUCAUCAUCAUCAUUAUCACUACCUCAAUUCUUCCAACGACUUCCCCGCCAGUCGUCUCGAACCAUUUGGAAAGCUCUUUAAAUUUCACCCCACUCUACUAGUCAAGCUUUUUCGCACAACUCAUUUAUCUUCGUCUCGAUCGCUGCAAGGCAACGUGCCAUUAAUCAUUCAUCCACUGAAUCAAUAUUUAAUCUCAUCACUUUACAUUCACUUUCACACAUAAUGGCAAAAAUAAAUGCAGCUACACUUUUCCUAUCUGACUCUUUCAACGAAAAUGAAAAAAAAAAUGAGAUUCGUCAUAUGGAAUCUUCCACUAUAGCGCAUUGUGGCGAAACUUCAAAAACUUACCAGACCGAUAAUUUUGGUUUCAUUUACAAUACACAAUCGUUUACAAUCAUUGAAUUUGUUGAACUUCUUUAUCCCUAGCAUUAUCAAACCAACACUUUUGUAAUUCAGUAGAGUAGUGACGAUUAAGUUAUUGAUUAUUUUAUGACAGAUUUCACACAGAUUUACGUUUCAGAAAACAGCAUGAAGUAGAUUAGUAGGUUUCUCACAGCAUUCAGUAUUAUAGUUUUUAUACUGUUUUAGUUUGGGCACAGUACUCUAUUCUCUGGUUAAACGAACAUCCA